GAUCCAAAAACACCCCCACCCAUUUCGUAAAGAGUCGCCACUUUUGACUCUCUCUCUCUCUCUCUCACACCAACUCCCCUCCUCUUAUAUAUCAGCAUCUCACUUACCAUUUCUUUGGCUUAAAUUGACAACACCCUUUACACAGUCUUAUCUCUAUUAUGGCUUUCCCACUAAUAGUAACAAUACCAAUUUCAAUCCUUCUUCUGAUCUUAACAUACAAACUCUAUUACCGUCUACGCUUCAAGCUCCCACCCGGACCACGGCCUUGGCCUAUUGUGGGUAACCUGUACGACAUAAAGCCUGUGAGAUUCCGGUGCUUUGCGGAGUGGGCUCAAGCUUAUGGUCCAAUUAUAUCAGUUUGGUUCGGUUCGACUCUGAACGUGAUAGUUUCCAAUACAGAAUUGGCUAAAGAAGUGUUGAAAGAGCAUGAUCAACAGUUAGCUGAUAGACACAGGAGCAGGUCAGCUGCAAAGUUUAGCAGAGAUGGGAAAGAUCUCAUUUGGGCUGAUUAUGGUCCUCACUAUGUCAAAGUUAGAAAAGUUUGUACUCUUGAGCUCUUCACUCCUAAAAGGCUUGAAGCUUUGAGACCAAUUAGGGAAGAUGAAGUUACUGCCAUGGUUGAAUCUAUUUUCAUGGACUGCACUAAUCCUGAAAAUAAUGGGAAAAGUGUGCUAGUGAAGAAGUAUUUGGGAGCAGUUGCAUUCAACAACAUAACAAGGCUAGCAUUUGGUAAACGAUUUGUGAAUGCUGAAGGCAUAAUGGACGAACAAGGCAAAGAAUUCAAGGCGAUUGUGGCCAAUGGACUUAAGCUAGGUGCAUCACUUGCCAUGGCAGAGCACAUUCCCUGGCUUCGUUGGAUGUUCCCCCUGGAAGAGGACGCAUUUGCCAAGCAUGGCGCUCGAAGGGACCGACUCACUCGAGCUAUAAUGGAAGAGCAUACACUUGCUCGACAGAAGAGUGGGGGUGCGAAACAGCAUUUUGUUGAUGCGUUGCUUACAUUGCAGCAGAAAUACGACCUUAGUGAGGACACAAUUAUUGGACUCCUUUGGGAUAUGAUCACUGCAGGCAUGGAUACAACUGCAAUCACAGUAGAGUGGGCAAUGGCUGAACUAAUUAAGAACCCGAGAGUGCAACAGAAGGUUCAAGAGGAGCUAGACCGUGUCAUUGGUUUUGAACGUGUCUUGACUGAGGCUGACUUCUCAAGUCUCCCUUACCUACAAUGUAUAGCCAAAGAGGGGCUACGGUUGCACCCCCCAACACCACUAAUGCUCCCUCACCGUGCCAAUUCCAAUGUCAAAAUCGGUGGCUAUGAUAUACCAAAGGGAUCGAAUGUCCAUGUAAAUGUAUGGGCUGUAGCUCGCGAUCCGGCUAUCUGGAAAAGCCCAGAAGAAUUCCGGCCUGAGAGGUUCCUCGAGGAGGACGUUGACAUGAAAGGGCAUGAUUUUCGUCUGCUACCAUUUGGUGCAGGAAGGAGAAUAUGUCCUGGGGCACAGCUUGGUAUCAAUUUGGUCACAUCUAUGUUGGGUCACUUGUUGCACCAUUUUCGUUGGACACCACCUGAGGGUAAGCCAGAGGAAAUCGACAUGUCAGAAAAUCCUGGAUUGGUCACCUACAUGCGGACUCCAUUACAGGCAGUGGCCACUCCUCGACUCCCUUCAGAAUUGUACAAACGCGUGGCUGUGGAUAUGUGAUUUGCUAAUUUGUUGGUAAUGUACUGUUUAGAUCCGGGAGUUUGAACUUAAGAUGGGCUGAGGUGCAUUGGGCAAAAGAAAUUAAAUUCAAAUAAAGCAUUAUGUUUUAUCAAAAUAAUAUAGAUUAUUGAUGUGUCAAA